ACGAAUAAAACCUGUGGUUACAGAUGUUUGUACGAUCUCGCACUUUUCCCGUACCUAUUAUGUAAAAACUACGAUUUCGUGGCAUAUAUAAGCACUUAAUAAAAUAUCAGUGAAAGUGCUACAAUUUUAUAAUGGCUCUUUACAAACAAUUUCAGCGUAAGGUUAUGUUUUAUCACCGACAUUAUUCUGUGUUAGUCAAAACAUUUGAUUCACAUUUACAUUUACAAAAGUAUCCGCAUGUAUUAAAAUUACAUGAACGCGCGCUUUUUUGGGAAGGUGAUAGAAAAGGUGGUUAUAACACCAAGGAGAUGCUUGGUAAUAUAUCUACUGUUCAACAUAUAAAAAAUGGUUUCCAAGAGUUAAAAUGUGAGUUAAAACUAUUUGCAAAAGAAGUCAAAGAUUAUUUUGCUACUGAUCCCCUACUUUUUGCUAGGCCUGGAGAAACUGAUUUGAUUUGGUGUUUUGAUAAACAAGAAGUACUUGACAAAUUUGUAACAACAGCAGACAGCGACCACAACGAAGGAUUCAGUACAUGCAAAUUGGAAAUGAGUCCCGCUGGUAGAGUUAAUUUUCACGGGUAUUUAGAUACAAGAAUUCCAAAAGAUGGUCGAAUCAAAAGGUCAGGCUAUUGUUCUAUGCGAUCUAAGAGAAUAAGAAAAUCAUUUAAGCGAGAGUCUACAUUUGAUUGGAAUAUUUACAAUACGUUAGUUAUUAAAAUAAGAGGAGAUGGUAGAUCAUAUUUAUUAAAUAUAUCAUGCGAGGGUUAUUACGAUAUAACUUGGAAUGAUAUUUAUCAUUAUGUAUUGUAUACUAGAGGUGGACCAUACUGGCAAAUUGCUAAGAUUCCAUUUUCAAAGUUUGUGUUGGGAUCAAAGGGAAGACUUCAAGAUAAACAAACAAGAAUGCGGCUUGAUAAAGUAACACAUUUUGGAAUUGCAUGUGGUGAUAAAAUUGACGGAGCUUUUAAUUUGGAAAUUGAAUACGUAGGCUUAGAGUACGACCCAACCCACGAAGAAGAAUUUGCAUAUGAAAUGUAUAAAACGGAAAAGUUUAUUGUAGGAGUGUAAAAUUUUGUUUUUAAGAAAAUGAAUAUAAGCAAAUAAUGAAAUUUGUUACAAAAAA